ACCAUGGAAUGGACCAGAGAAAAAACCCUAGCCCUCAUACAGGAAUAUCGUAAGAGACGUGGCCUUUGGGAUAUGACCCAUGAAGAUUAUCGUAAAAAAGAUGUCAAACACAAGCUGCUCGGCGAAGUUGUGGUAUCGCUGGGUGGCAACAUACCCAUUAUGGAAAUUGAAAAGAAGUUCCACACUCUGCGAACACAAUAUCAUCGUGAGAUCAAUCGCAUGAAACGUAAGGAACCCUACAACUCGAAAUGGUUUGGCUUCAAGUGUUUACAAUUCUUAAGUUCACCCAAGGCCUGUCGUUCGAAUAAGGGCCGCUUAAAGGCGGAAAUAACCGAGGAUGGUACAGUGACCACAAAAUAUAUUAUACGUGAGGCAAUACCGGUGGUACAUCAGCAGCAUGAUACGAGUGCCGGUUCGGGUAAUGAUAAUGAGGAAUUUCUAACGCUACAACGUCGUCCCACCACGAUUACCUAUGAGGCAGUGCCAUCGGGAAAUGCCACUUCCACAUCGUCGAGUCGUUCGCAUGAAUUGGAGAAAUUGAUUGAGGAGACAACCAAAGAUGUGGAAGAAAUUGAGGAGGCCAAACCAAAAAUGACCAUCAAGGGAAUUGGUGUGCCAUUGGAAGCGCAGCAGCAGCAUCAACAUAACACAGAUACCUAUACACAUGCUGGAGCAAGUGAAUUGCAAAUAACCAAUGUUGAAACUGAGCAUGCCGAAUUGCAUCACAUUGAAGAGGACCAUGACCAAUUGGAGACCCUUAAUAUACAAAGUACAUCGGAUGAAGAAAUGAAUUAUUCCACAAGUAGUGGAAAUGGCCAUAUGAAUGGUGGUGGUACUGUUGCCACAACAAAUGCCUCGUCCAAUACAACAACAGUGCAUACAAUACCGGCACGCAUCAUCAAGAUACAACGUAGAGAUACACAUGACCAGGGGGAAUACUAUGAGCAACAUCAUGUGCCACAACAACAACAACAGCAGCCGCCGCCGUCGCAGCAACACCACCACCAUUCGCAACAACAGCAACAACAUCAUUCCCAGCAACAUCAUCAUCUCCAUCAAACUCCCGCCACAACACAUCAGCUACAUACGACGGUGUCGCCUGGUGGCAGUACAACAACAACAAAACGCAUUUACUACGAUGCUGCGGGUCAUCACACGGCAACCAUAUUGACAGCAACACCAAAUCCAACAUCAUCAUCACAACAGCAUCAGCAGCACCACCAAUCGUCAUCAGGAAUGACCAUUUUAAAUGCCUCAACAUCUACCCUCAGUUCACCGACAUCAUCCACCAAAUUGCAUCUGCGAAAUGCAUCAUUGGCUCCGGGUACAAUACAUACCAUGGCCACAACAUCGCCACCUCUGUCUUUGACAGCCAAUGGUACUCUCGUUACCACCACAGCUGCUGCUGCACCCACAACUUCAUCAGCAAUGGUUCGCGACGAAUAUACCACCUAUGGCGAAUAUGUUGCCAAUGAAAUGCGAAAUAUAACAAGCCGGGAAAUUCUGAUAUCGCUGAAACAUAAAAUAAAUACCGCACUCUUUGAAGCCAAUAUGCAAGAGCUGCAAAAGUGA